AGGAGGAGGCGGCGAGGGAGGGAGGGAGGCGUGUGAGCCGAGCUGCACCAGGCUCUCUUCUUCUCCAGCUGCUCCCGCCUGGCAGCGCCCAGGCUCUACACACCAGCAUGGCCCUGUUUGUCCACCUCAAGACGGUUUCGGAGCUUCGGGGCAGGGGCGACCGGAUCGCCAAAGUGACUUUCCGAGGGCAGUCCUUCUACUCCCGGGUGCUGGAGAACCGUGAAGAUGUGGCUGACUUCGACGAGACCUUCCGGUGGCCAGUGGCCAGCAGCAUCGACAGCAAUGAGAUACUCGAGAUUCAGAUCUUCAACUAUAGCAAAGUCUUCAGCAACAAGCUGAUCGGGACCUUCCGCAUGGUGCUGCAGAAGGUGGUGGAGGAGAAGCGCGUGGAGGUGACCGACACACUGAUCGAUGACAACAAUGCUAUCAUCAAGACCAGCCUGUGCGUGGAGGUCCGAUAUCAGGCCACAGAUGGCACGGUGGGCUCCUGGGAUGAUGGGGACUUCCUGGGGGAUGAGUCCCUUCAUGAGGAAGAGAAGGACAGCCAGGAGACGGAUGGACUGCUCCCCGGCUCCCGCCCCAGCUCCCGGACACCAGGCGAGAAGAGCUUCCGGAGAGCUGGGAGAAGUGUGUUCUCCGCCAUGAAGCUCGGCAAGAACCGGUCCCACAAGGAGGAACCCCAAAGACAAGAUGAACCGGCCGUGCUGGAGAUGGAAGACCUUGACCGCUUGGCCGUUCGGCUGGGGGAUGGGCUGGACCCUGACUCUGUGUCUCUGGCCUCUGUCACAGCUCUCACCACCAAUGUCUCCAACAAACGAUCCAAGCCAGACAUUAAGAUGCUGCCAGGUGCUGGGCGGCCCGUGGAUUACCAGGUCAGCAUCACUGUGAUUGAGGCUCGGCAGCUCGUGGGCUUGAACAUGGACCCCGUGGUGUGCGUGGAGGUGGGCGACGACAAGAAGUACACAUCCAUGAAGGAGUCCACUAACUGCCCCUACUAUAAUGAGUACUUCGUCUUCGACUUCCACGUCUCUCCGGACGUCAUGUUCGACAAGAUCAUCAAGAUCUCGGUGAUUCACUCCAAGAACCUGCUGCGAAGCGGUACCCUGGUGGGGUCCUUCAAGAUGGAUGUGGGAACUGUGUACUCCCAGCCUGAGCACCAGUUCCACCACAAGUGGGCCAUCCUGUCGGACCCCGACGACAUCUCCGCCGGGCUGAAGGGCUACGUGAAGUGUGACGUGGCCGUGGUGGGCAAGGGGGACAACAUCAAGACGCCCCACAAGGCCAACGAGACAGACGAGGAUGACAUUGAAGGGAACUUGCUGCUCCCCGAGGGGGUGCCCCCCGAACGCCAGUGGGCCCGGUUCUACGUGAAGAUUUACCGAGCAGAAGGGCUGCCCCGUAUGAACACCAGCCUCAUGGCCAAUGUGAAGAAGGCGUUCAUCGGGGAGAACAAGGACCUCGUUGACCCCUACGUGCAAGUCUUCUUUGCUGGCCAGAAGGGCAAGACAUCAGUACAGAAAAGCAGCUACGAGCCACUGUGGAAUGAGCAGGUCAUCUUUACGGACCUGUUCCCCCCACUCUGCAAGCGCAUGAAGGUGCAGAUCCGAGAUUCCGACAAGGUCAACGACGUGGCCAUCGGCACCCACUUCAUUGACCUGCGCAAGAUUUCUAAUGAUGGAGACAAAGGCUUCCUGCCCACGCUGGGCCCGGCCUGGGUGAACAUGUACGGCUCUACACGCAACUACACGCUGCUGGACGAGCACCAGGACCUGAAUGAGGGCCUGGGGGAGGGCGUGUCGUUCCGCGCCCGCCUCAUGCUGGGCCUGGCGGUGGAGAUCCUGGACACCUCCAAUCCUGAGCUGACCAGCUCCACGGAGGUGCAGGUGGAGCAGGCCACGCCUGUCUCGGAGAGCUGCACGGGGAAAAUGGAAGAAUUCUUUCUAUUCGGAGCCUUCCUAGAGGCCUCAAUGAUCGACCGGAAAAAUGGAGACAAGCCAAUCGCCUUUGAGGUGACCAUAGGCAACUAUGGGAAUGAAGUUGAUGGCCUGUCGAGGCCCCAGCGGCCCAGGCCCCGGAAGGAGCCUGGGGAUGAGGAAGAAGUAGAUCUGAUCCAGAACUCCAGUGAUGAAGAUGCCAGUGAGGGUGGGGACCUGGCCUCGGUGUCCUCGACUCCACCCAUGCGGCCCCAGAUCACCGACAGGAACUACUUCCAUCUGCCCUACCUGGAGCGCAAGCCCUGCAUCUACAUCAAGAGCUGGUGGCCGGACCAGCGUCGCCGCCUCUACAACGCCAACAUCAUGGACCACAUCGCGGACAAGCUGGAAGAAGGCCUGAACGACGUGCAGGAGAUGAUAAAGACGGAGAAGUCCUAUCCGGAGCGUCGCCUGCGGGGUGUCCUGGAGGAGCUCAGCUGUGGCUGCUACCGCUUCCUCUCCCUCGCUGACAAGGACCAGGGCCACUCCUCCCGCACCAGGCUGGACAGGGAGCGCCUCAAGUCCUGCAUGCGGGAGCUGGAGAGUAUGGGGCAGCAGGCCAAGACCUUGCGGGCACAGGUGAAGCGGCACACGGUGCGGGACAAGCUGAGGCUGUGCCAGAAUUUCCUGCAGAAACUGCGCUUCCUGGCAGACGAGCCUCAGCACAGCAUCCCCGACGUCUUCAUCUGGAUGAUGAACAACAACAAGCGCACCGCCUACGCCAGGGUGCCCUCCAAGGACCUGCUCUUCUCCAUCGUUGAGGAGGAGCUGGGCAAGGACUGCGCCAAGGUCAAGACGCUCUUCCUCAAGCUGCCGGGCAAGCGGGGCUUCGGCUCCGUGGGCUGGACGGUGCAGGCCAAGCUGGAGCUCUACCUGUGGCUGGGCCUGAGCAAGCAGCGCAAGGACUUCCUGUGCGGCCUGCCCUGCGGCUUCGAGGAGGUCAAGGCAGCCCAGGGCCUGGGCCUGCACGUCUUCCCGCCCAUCAGCCUGGUCUACACCAAGAAGCAGGCGUUCCAGCUCCGGGCCCACAUGUACCAGGCUCGCAGCCUCUUCGCUGCCGACAGCAGCGGCCUCUCGGACCCCUUCGCCCGCGUCUUCUUUAUCAACCAGAGUCAGUGCACGGAGGUGCUGAAUGAGACCCUGUGCCCCACCUGGGACCAGAUGCUGGUGUUCGACAACCUGGAGCUAUAUGGCGAAGCCCAUGAGUUGCGGGAUGACCCCCCCAUCAUCGUCAUCGAAAUCUACGACCAGGACACCAUGGGCAAAGUCGACUUCAUGGGCCGGACCUUCGCCAAGCCCCUGGUGAAGAUGGCGGACGAGGCGUACUGUCCACCCCGCUUCCCACCCCAGCUCGAGUACUACCAGAUCUACCGUGGCAACGCCACUGCCGGGGACCUGCUGGCUGCCUUCGAGCUGCUGCAGAUCGGGCCUGCGGGGAAGGCAGACCUGCCACCCAUCAACGGCCUGGGGGACAUGGACCGAGGUCCCAUCAUGCCUGUGCCCGUGGGCAUCCGGCCCGUGCUCAGCAAAUACCGAAUCGAGGUGCUCUUCUGGGGCCUGCGGGACCUGAAGCGGGUCAACCUGGCCCAGGUGGACCGGCCCCGGGUAGACAUCGAGUGUGCGGGGAAGGGGGUGCAGUCGUCCCUGAUCCACAAUUACAAGAAGAACCCCAACUUCAACACCCUCGUCAAGUGGUUUGAAGUGGACCUCCCGGAGAACGAGCUGCUGCACCCGCCCCUGAACAUCCGAGUGGUGGACUGCCGGGCCUUCGGCCGCUACACCCUGGUGGGUUCCCACGCCGUCAGCUCUCUCAGGCGCUUCAUCUACAGGCCCCCAGACCGCUCGGCGCCCAACUGGAACACCACGGGCAGACUCCCUCGGGGUCACCGUGUGCUGUGCGAUGGCGGUCCCUCCUCUCACCCCCCAGGGGAGGUCGUGGUGAACAUGGAGCCAGAGGUUCCUGUCCGGAAACUGGAGACCAUGGUGAAGCUGGACGCGACUUCUGAUGCUGUCAUCAAGGUGGAUGUGGCUGACGAGGAGAAAGAGAAGAAGAAAAAGAAGAAAAAGGGCAGCUCAGAAGAGCCAGAGGAGGAGGAGCCCGAUGAGAGCAUGCUGGACUGGUGGUCCAAGUACUUUGCCUCCAUUGAUACCAUGAAGGAGCAACUUCGACAGCAGGAGGCCUCCGGCAUUGACUUGGAGGAGAAGGAGGAGGUGGAGAACACGGAGGGCCUAAAGGGGCCGAUGAAGGGCAAGGAGAAGGCAAAGGCAGCGAAGGAGGAGAAGAAAAAGAGAACCCAGAGCCCCGGCACUGGCCAGGGGCCUGAGGCCCCAGAGAAGAAGAAACCCAAGAUUGAUGAGCUUAAGGUGUACCCCAAGGAGCUGGAGUCUGAGUUUGACAACUUUGAGGACUGGCUGCACACUUUCAAUCUGCUGCGGGGCAAGACGGGGGAUGACGAGGAUGGUUCCACGGAGGAGGAGCGCAUCGUGGGCCGGUUCAAGGGCUCCCUCUGCGUGUAUAAAGUGCCACUCCCAGAGGACGUGUCCCGGGAAGCCGGCUACGACCCCACCUACGGCAUGUUCCAGGGCAUCCCCAGCAACGACCCCAUCAAUGUGCUGGUCCGAGUCUAUGUGGUCAGGGCCACGGACCUGCACCCCGCAGACAUUAACGGCAAAGCCGACCCCUACAUUGCCAUCCGGCUGGGCAAAACUGACAUCCGAGACAAGGAGAACUACAUCUCCAAGCAGCUCAACCCUGUCUUUGGGAAGUCCUUUGACAUCGAGGCCUCCUUCCCCAUGGAAUCCAUGCUGACAGUGGCCGUGUACGACUGGGAUCUGGUAGGCACCGAUGACCUCAUCGGGGAAACCAAGAUUGACCUGGAGAACCGCUUCUACAGCAAACACCGGGCCACCUGUGGCAUCGCCCAGACCUACUCCAUACAUGGCUACAAUAUCUGGCGGGACCCCAUGAAGCCCAGCCAGAUUCUGACCCGCCUCUGCAAGGAGGGCAAAGUGGACGGCCCCCACUUUGGGCCCCCCGGGAGAGUGAAGGUGUCCAACCGUGUCUUCACUGGGCCCUCCGAGAUCGAGGACGAGAAUGGUCAGAGGAAGCCUACGGAAGAGCACGUGGCUCUAUCUGCCCUGAGGCACUGGGAGGACAUCCCCCGCGUGGGCUGCCGCCUGGUGCCCGAACACGUGGAAACCCGGCCCCUGCUCAACCCUGACAAGCCAGGCAUCGAGCAGGGCCGCCUGGAGCUGUGGGUAGACAUGUUCCCCAUGGACAUGCCGGCCCCUGGGACGCCUCUGGACAUCUCCCCCCGGAAGCCCAAGAAGUAUGAGCUCCGGGUCAUCGUGUGGAACACAGACGAGGUGGUCCUGGAGGACGAUGACUUCUUUACUGGGGAGAAGUCCAGCGACAUUUUUGUGCGGGGGUGGCUGAAGGGCCAGCAGGAGGACAAGCAGGACACGGACGUCCACUAUCAUUCCCUCACCGGCGAGGGCAACUUCAACUGGCGCUACCUGUUCCCCUUCGACUACCUGGCCGCUGAGGAAAGGAUUGUCAUCUCCAAGAAGGAGUCCAUGUUCUCCUGGGACGAGACCGAGUACAAGAUCCCCGCGCGGCUCACCCUGCAGAUCUGGGACGCGGACCACUUCUCUGCGGACGACUUCCUGGGGGCCAUCGAGCUGGACCUCAACCGCUUUCCCCGGGGCGCCAAGACAGCCAAGCAGUGCACCAUGGAGAUGGCCACGGGGGAGGUGGACGUGCCCCUGGUUUCCAUCUUCAAGCAGAAGCGCGUCAAAGGCUGGUGGCCCCUCCUGGCCCGCAAUGAGAACGAUGAGUUCGAGCUCACGGGCAAGGUGGAGGCAGAAUUGCAUCUACUGACAGCGGAGGAGGCAGAGAAAAAUCCGGUGGGCCUGGCCCGCAAUGAACCUGACCCUCUAGAGAAACCCAAGCGGCCAGACACGAGCUUCAUCUGGUUCUUGAACCCUCUCAAGUCUGCCCGCUACUUCCUAUGGCACACAAGCCGCUGGCGGUUCCUCAAACUGAUCGUGCUGGCGCUACUGGGGCUGCUCAUGCUGGCCCUCUUCCUCUACAGCCUCCCCGGCUACAUGGUCAAGAAGCUCCUGGGGGCGUGAAGCACCCCCCCCCCCCCCGCCCCCCCAGGCCUAGCUGCUGCU